AUGACAACCCGCAGUCAGGCUGAAAUUGAAAAAACGUUGAAGGAUCAUACAACUUCAUUGCUUAAAUUUGACGCUUUCGUUGAAAAAACAGAGCAUACCUUCUCUGACAUCAAGAAAUUGUUGGAGAAAUUAACGAAUCAUACCAAUUCCAAUGAUACUGGCACUUCAACUAAUCAAGAAAUGAUCAGUAAGUCUACUGAUAGGUUGUUCAGGCUGGGGAAGAUUGAAUUUCCCAAAUUCAAUGGCACAGAAGAUGUAGAAGACUGGGUGUGCAGUUGUGAACACUUCUUUGAUGUGGACGAGACUCCUGAGGAUUAUAAGGUACGAUAUGCUGUUAUUAAUUUGGAGGGAAGGGCAAUGAAAUGGCAUAAUAAUUUUGCAAAAACAAGAGCAAUAGCUGGUGUAACAUGGGCAGAAUAUGCUAGAACUAUAACUGACCGUUUUUCUACACAAAUGUUCAAAGAUGCAAUGAGAAUAUUGUCUUCUACAGUGCAAAGUGGGGAAUUAGAAGAUUAUUGUGAUGAAUUUGAUGAAAAUUUACUAAGAGUCACAAUUGCUGAGGAAUAUGCAAUUAGCUUGUUCAUUAAGGGUUUGAAACCUGAAUUGGGAGGUCCUGUGAGUAUGUUUGAUCCCAAGACCAUGAAGGAGGCUUAUAUGUUGGCUAAAAAACAGAAGGUUGCUAAUGAUAAAAUCAAGAAUCAAUUCACAUCUAAAACUGUAGCUACUUCUAAACCCAUGUAUCUUAACCCUAAACCCGUUUCACAGUUUAAACCACCGUUGUUUGUGCUAGAAGUUGUGGGUGAGGAUGAUGAAAUACAGCAGGAAUCACUUGAUGAGUCUGCUGUUAAUCUGGUUCAAGAAUCAGUGGUUGAUACUACUUUGCCUGAUCCUCUUAUUUCCAUCCAUGCCUUAACCGGUAUUCCUUCUUUUUCUACCAUGCAAGUAGUAGGAAAUCUAGGUACUAAACCCUUACAAAUCUUGAUAGACUCGGGUUCCACUCAUAACUUCAUAGACGAAAAAUUAGCUGUUAAGUUGAAUUGUGUUAUGAAGGACAUUGAGGGUAUGAAGGUAGGGGUAGCUAAUGGGUCUCAAUUGAUGUGUGCCAAGGUCUGUCAAGGGUUUCAGUGGCAAAUGCAGGGCCUAUGGAUGAAGGCUGAUGUCUUAGUCUUACCAUUGGCUUGUUAUGACAUGGUACUAGGGGUACAAUGGUUGCCUUCAUUAGGGGAUAUUGUGUGGAACUUCCAAGACCUUACUAUGCAGUUUAAAGUGGAUGAUAAGGUUUAUCAGCUGAAAGGAAGUAAAACAAACAGGGUGUCAUUGUGUUCUAAUGAGUUGAUGGGUCAUUUGUUGUCAACACAAUGCAAGCAAGUGGUUCAGUCUCAGUUAUUCAGUCUUCAAAAAGAGGAACUGAAGGAUCAGUUUCAACACAAGACUGUAAUUUCUAAGGAGGUGACUAACAGUGCUAUUGAAGCUUUAUUACAAGAAUAUGAGGAUGUCUUUGCUACUCCUAACAAUUUACCACCCUCUAGAGCAUAUGACCAUAGAAUCAUUCUUAAAGAUGAGUCUAUGGUUAUUAAUCAAAAGCCCUAUAGAUAUCAGGCUGCCCAAAAGGAUGUAAUUGAAAAGAUGACCAAAGAACUGCUGGAUACGGGGGUUAUACGGGGUAGUUCCAGCCCUUUUGCAGCUCCUGUGGUGUUAGUAAAGAAAAAAGAUGGGUCGUGGCGAAUGUGCAUAGACUAUAGGAAACUUAAUGAUGCAACGGUAAAAAAUGGCUAUCCAAUUCCUUUGAUUGAAGAGUUACUGGAUGAGUUGGGGGGGGGCUGCCAUAUUUUCCAAAUUGGAUUUGAGGUCUGGAUACCAUCAAAUCCGAAUGUUCCCUGA